AUGCUCGAAACCAUCCCCCUCGAGCACAUUCCCAGCACGCACACGGUGCAUGCGGCGCUCUUUCGCAAUGUCGCCAACGCCGAGUUCCUGCAGUCGCAGCUGCUGGGCCGGAACCCAGACUUUGAGUAUGCCUUUAUCGACGCCACCACCGUGGCCUCGCGCUUCCACCUGCUGUCCGCCGUUUACAAGGCCGUCACCAUUGAGAUCUCGGGCAGUAUGCGGACGCCCAAUGUGCACUCCGAGAUUGUGUGCUCACUGAGUUCAAAUAACAAUAUCUCCGAAGCAUACAGGAGGUUUGGUAUUCAACCCUCGACAAAAGAUGUCGUGGUAGUCAAGGUCCUCAUUUCUAGGGAGGACAGCCCAAAUACCAUUACGGCAGAAGAUGUCCAAAAGCAUCUUGCAGAACAUGUGCAAGGAGAGAGUGUGCCGAUCAGCGAUGAGGAACUCGCCAAGUCGACAGACUGGCCAAAGCUGCGCAAGUACCACAAACUCAAUGGCGUAAACUAUGUCGAUGGUAUCAAGGACGCAGAGGCCAAGAGGAAGGAGCUCGAGUUGCUGGUGGUCUCGUCCAUGGCUCUACGCGGAUUGUAG